UGGGGAUUAUUAGGCCUCAGCACUCUAUGAUAUAUCUCUCUCAUGGUGGGACAGAAAUACUGCAUUAUGUUUUUGAAUAUCACAGGUUACUGUAUUUGGAAAACUGUGACUUUGAAAUUAGAUAGAAGAACAGGGUUUAUGUGAGGUAUAUUGUGACAAAGGAUUCUUCCUUAACUUGUUGCUUCACUCCGUUUGAGUACAUGAUCUUAGCCACCAUCAUCGCAAACUGUAUCGUACUGGCUUUGGAGCAGCACCUGCCUGGAGAGGACAAGACUCCCAUGUCCAAGAGACUGGAAAAGACAGAGCCUUACUUCAUUGGGAUGUUCUGCUUUGAAGCUGGGAUUAAGGUUGUGGCAUUGGGAUUUGUAUUCCAUAAAGGCUCCUACUUAAGGAACGGCUGGAACGUCAUGGACUUCAUCGUGGUUCUGAGUGGGAUUCUGGCCACAGCGGGAGCUCACAUGAACAUCCCAGUGGACCUGCGGACCCUGCGGGCCGUACGUGUGCUCAGACCCCUCAAACUGGUCUCUGGAAUCCCCAGCCUGCAGAUAGUCCUGAAAUCCAUCAUGAAAGCCAUGGUGCCGCUGCUCCAGAUCGGCCUGCUGCUCUUCUUCGCCAUUCUUAUGUUUGCCAUCAUCGGCCUGGAGUUCUACAGCGGGAAGCUCCACAACACCUGUCUGCCCAUGCCAAAUAUCCUGGAGAAUGAGACGGUGGACAAGUCUGAGUCAGAGUUCCCGUGUGGGGUGAGGAAGUGCCCUGACAAGUACGCCUGCCGUGACACCUGGAUCGGCCCCAACGAUGGCAUCACCCAGUUUGAUAACAUCUUGUUUGCUGUGCUCACCGUCUUCCAGUGCAUCACCAUGGAGGGCUGGACCACCGUGCUCUACAAUACCAACGAUGCCUUAGGCCCCACGUGGAACUGCAUGUACUUCAUCCCUCUGAUAAUCAUCGGCUCCUUCUUCGUGCUGAACCUGGUUUUGGGAGUUCUCUCAGGGGAGUUUGCCAAGGAGAGGGAGCGGGUGGAAAACCGCAGGGCGUUCAUGAAGCUACGGAGGCAACAGCAAAUUGAGCGGGAACUCAAUGGCUACCGAGCCUGGAUCAACAGAGCAGAAGAGGUGAUGCUUGCGGAGGAGAAUAAGAAUUUAGGACCUUCUGCUCUUGAUGCUCCCAAGAGGCUGUCUGAAUGGAAUACAGGCGGUAACCAUGUGCUGAAGAGGGCCACCAUCAAGAGGAGAGGGGUGGAUGCCGUUCAUCGGGGCCCAGAGGACGAGCAGUACGGUGACAUCUCUUCUGUGGGCAUCCCGAUGACCAGAGCCAGCAUCAGGAGUGCUAAGAGAGGACCCACGGCUUAUUUCAAGCGGAAGGAGCGUCUGCUGCGUAUCUCUAUCCGCCGCAUGGUGAAGACACACACCUUCUACUGGACCGUACUGGGCCUGGUGGCCCUCAACACACUCUGUGUAGCCAUCGUCCAUCACAACCAGCCCCGCUGGCUGUCUGUGUUCCUCUACUAUGCAGAGUUUCUCUUCCUGGGUCUGUUUCUCACUGAGAUGUGUUUAAAGAUGUACAGCCUGGGACCCAGACUCUACUUCCACUCCGCCUUCAACCGCUUCGACUGCGGCGUGAUAGUGGGCAGCAUCUUUGAGGUGAUGUGGGGGUUCUUCAGGCCUGACAUGUCCUUUGGCAUCAGUGUGCUGCGCGCUCUCCGUCUGCUGAGGAUAUUCAAGAUCACCAAGUACUGGGCGUCGCUGAGGAACCUGGUGGUAUCCCUGAUGAAUUCUAUGAAGUCCAUCAUCAGCCUCAUCUUCCUCCUCUUCCUCUUCAUCCUGGUCUUUGCUCUGCUGGGCAUGCAGCUAUUCGGUGGCAGGUUCAUCUUUGAAGACUACACUCCUACAAACUUUGACACAUUUCCUGCUGCCAUCAUGACUGUCUUUCAGAUCCUGACAGGAGAAGACUGGAAUGAGGUGAUGUACAAUGGGAUCCGCUCCCAGGGAGGAGUGAAGUCAGGAAUGUGGUCCUCCAUAUACUUCAUUGUGCUCACACUCUUUGGUAACUACACACUGCUGAAUGUCUUCUUGGCCAUCGCUGUGGACAAUCUGGCUAAUGCCCAGGAACUAACCAAGGACGAAGAGGACGAAGAGGCUGCUUUCAAUCAGAAACAUGCUCUCCAAAAAGCCAAGGAAGUUGGGGCCAUGUCUUCCCUGAUGUCCUCACACAGGAGGAGGAGACCUUACCUGUACAGGAAAAGAGCGAUACACAGGAGCCGGCCUGCCUACUCUCUGGAGGAGGCUGAGAGCCUCGCCGAGGGGCCCCCCUGCCCGCCAUUGAAUUCCUCUAACUCUUUCAUGUCCAGGGGAGAGAGGAGAAGACGGAUGACCAUGUCUGUGUGGGAGCAGAGAACCAGCCAACUGCGCAGGCACCGGCAGAUGUCCAGCCGAGAGAUCCUCUUCAGCAGCCCCAGUGAGGAGCAGGAAGCGCCCCCUGGAUGUCCCCACCACCUCAAAGCCACAGGCACACCCACAGGCAGCCUGAAACUGGCUGACCCCACGGCUGACCCUACGGCCUCCUUAUCUCAGCCCCCCAAGCCAAUGGACCUAACUCUAGAGAAGCCACCCCUGUCCAUGGGGGUCCUUGAGCCCCCCUUGUCCGUCCCUUUAGCAGAGCCACCCAUACCCAUCGACAGUCCCCUGCCUGACCCCCCCACGUCCACAGUUGUGUCCAUUCCGGAGCCCACUGAAUCUGAGCCGUGCCCAGAGGGCCAGGUUGAUGUCACCGACCACUGCCACCCAGGUCUCAAUGGCCGCAGGAGCCCCAGGUUAAAUGGGGAGAGAAGGCAGAGAGCAGUGCGUAAGUUCCGCCCUCCUGCUGGUGAUACCCUGACCCCUGACAUGGCAGGGAUGAGGCUCAGGAGGCCAAGGGGCACAGGGCACCACGAAGCCCAGGUUGGGGCUAGAGGCCUGGACUCACCCCAGGGGGAGGGGAGCAGUCGCUCUGUCAGCAGGGAGAGGAAGACCCCAGAGGAACAACAGGACAAGGAGAGGAGAGCCUGUAACACGGGAGAGACCAGCCAGCCUUCUGAGACCAGGGAAGCUGAACACAGACAGGGUGACCCUAACCAGGCUGGAGGUCCUCAGCUGCAGAACGGGGAGGAGGGUCCACAGUCAGAACCACCCCCCCUUCAGUCAUUUCAGGUUGCAGUACCGGAGCUCCCAGAGGGUCAGACAGGAGACAGUGAUACUGGUAACAACGCCACCACUCUGAACCAGGAUAAGUCCCCUCUGAGCUCCAGUAUCUACAUAGAGGUGACCAAUGUUCAGUCUUCACUAGAGCUCACCCCCAGCACAGGUAACAGUAAAGACAUGGAGGUGUCCAAGCCUGAGAAGGAAGAGGAGCAGUUGACCAGCCCAGCCAAUAUUGUCACGCCUGACAGCAUGUUCAUCUUCAAACCUGGCAACCCGAUCCGCCGGGCCUGUCACUAUGUGGUGAACCUGCGUUACUUUGAGACAUGCAUCCUGCUGGUGAUCGCUGCCAGCAGUAUCGCCCUGGCUGCAGAGGACCCCGUGUCAGCCACCUCUAACUGGAACAAAGUUUUGCGUUACUUUGACUACGUGUUCACAGGUGUCUUUACAUUUGAAAUGAUAAUAAAGAUGAUAGACCAGGGCUUGAUUCUCCAUGACGGCUCCUAUUUCCGGGACCUGUGGAACAUUCUAGACUUUAUCGUGGUGGUCGGAGCUCUGGUGGCCUUCGCCCUCACGAAUGUGUUGGGAAAUAAUAAAGGACGGGACAUCAAAACCAUCAAGUCUCUUCGGGUGCUGCGCGUCCUGAGGCCCCUGAAGACCAUCAAGAGACUACCGAAACUUAAGGCAGUGUUUGACUGUGUGGUGACCUCUCUGAAGAACGUCUUCAACAUCCUCAUCGUCUACAAGCUCUUCAUGUUCAUCUUCGCUGUCAUCGCUGUGCAGCUGUUCAAAGGGAAGUUCUUCUACUGCACAGACGGAUCCAAAGACACAGAGAAGGACUGCCAAGGCUUCUACAUUGACUAUGAGAAGGAUAAGAAGGAAGUGAAGAGGAGGGAUUGGAGGAGACAUGACUUCCACUAUGACAACAUAGUCUGGGCCCUACUCACUCUGUUUACUGUCUCCACUGGGGAGGGCUGGCCACAGGUCCUGCAGCACUCUGUGGACGUGACAGAGGAGGACAGAGGUCCCAGCCGGGGCAACAGGAUGGAGAUGUCCAUAUUCUAUGUCAUCUACUUUGUGGUCUUCCCCUUCUUCUUUGUCAACAUAUUUGUGGCUCUCAUCAUCAUCACCUUCCAGGAGCAGGGAGACAAGAUGAUGGAGGAAUGCAGCUUGGAGAAGAACGAGAGGGCUUGCAUUGACUUUGCCAUAGGUGCCAAACCCCUGACCCGCUACAUGCCUCAGAACAGACAGACGUUCCAGUACCGCCUCUGGCACUUUGUGGUCUCCCCCUCCUUCGAAUACACCGUGCUGGCCAUGAUUGCACUCAACACCAUUGUCCUGAUGAUGAAGUAUUACUCUGCCCCACCAGCAUACGAGGCUGUGCUGAAACACCUGAACACAGCUUUCACUGUGCUCUUCUCUGUGGAGUGUGUCCUCAAGAUCAUGGCCUUUGGCUUUCUGAACUACUUUCGAGACACUUGGAAUAUAUUCGACUUCAUCACAGUUUUGGGAAGCAUCACAGAAAUAGUGGUAGACUUGCAGUCAAUUGAGACCUUCAACAUGGGUUUCCUGAAGCUGUUCCGUGCAGCCAGACUGAUCAAGCUGUUGAGGCAGGGCUACACCAUCCGCAUCCUGCUCUGGACCUUUGUCCAGUCCUUUAAGGCUCUCCCCUACGUUUGUCUGCUCAUUGCCAUGCUCUUUUUCAUAUAUGCAAUCAUCGGAAUGCAGGUUUUUGGAAACAUUAGACUGGAUGAGGAGACUCACAUCAACCAACACAACAAUUUCAAGACCUUUUUUGGUGCUCUGAUGUUGCUAUUCAGGAGUGCCACGGGGGAGUCGUGGCAGGAGAUCAUGCUGUCAUGUUUAGGGGGGCAGAAGUGUGAGCCAGACCCCUUAGCUCUAACAUCAGACCACGAGGAGCGCUGUGGAACUGAGUUUGCCUACUUCUACUUUGUCUCCUUCAUCUUCUUCAGUUCAUUUCUGAUGCUGAAUCUGUUUGUGGCUGUAAUCAUGGACAACUUUGAGUACCUCACCCGGGAUUCCUCGAUAUUGGGGCCUCACCACCUGGAUGAAUUUGUUCGUAUCUGGGGUGAAUAUGACCGAGCUGCUUGCGGGCGUAUUCAUUACACUGACAUGUAUGAAAUGCUGACCCUCAUGUCGCCACCUCUAGGCCUCGGCAAGAAAUGUCCAUCCAAAGUGGCUUAUAAGAGGCUGGUGCUGAUGAACAUGCCUGUGGAUGAAGAGAUGUCAGUUCACUUCACCUCCACCCUCAUGGCCCUGAUCCGAACCGCCCUCGAGGUGAAGAUAGCCAGAGGAGGGGAGGACCGAGGUCAGAUGGAUUCAGAUCUACAGAAGGAGAUAAGUGUCAUUUGGUCACACCUUUCACAGAAGACCCUGGACCUGCUCGUCCCCAUCCACAAAGCCAGUCAUAUGACCAUUGGGAAGAUCUACGCAGCCAUGAUGAUCAUGGACUACUACAAGCAGAGCAAAGCCAAGAAGCUCAGGCAACAGCUGGAGGAGCAGAAACACGCUCCCAUGUUCCAGCGUAUGGACGCGUCCUCUCUGCCUCAAGAGAUCCUCUGCAGUGCCAAAGCCUUCCCUUUCCUGCCCCACAGCCCUGGAUCUGCCCUGACCAGAGGAGGAUUUGUGGCCUUGAGUCCCAUAUCCCCUCAGGAGAUGUUCAUGCAGCCCAUGUCCCAGGACCUAGAGGACAAAGAGGAGGACUACCACAACUAUCACCACCACCACCUGCUCCACCACCAGCUCCACCACCAGCUCCACACACUGGUUCCGGAGCGCAAAGAGUUUAACCGCAACCUUUGCCCCACUAACAGGCAGGAUGCCCCACUCAGGGUGCCCGGGCGGGCAGUCUCUAUCCGAGCCUCCUCUAUGCCUCGGCUGGCUGUAGACACACAGGUGGGGACAGACGGCAGCAAAUCGAUGAAGCGCUCCUUCUCUACUAUUGGGGAUCAGUGUAUGAAUGGCCUGUGGCAGGAGGAGUACUCUCUGAAGAGGGUCAGUCCUGACCGUCUGAACAGACCACGACAGAGGAGCAUCAGAGGAAUCAGGUGCAACCUCAGGGAACCAGUGGAUCAUGAGCGGGGGCGCUCCAAAGAGAGGCGUCACCUGCUGUCUCCCGACGUGUCCCGCUGCAACUCUGAGGAGCGGAGCCAGGACCCGUCACAGGAACGCAAGCAGUCCCGUUCCCCCAGUGAGGGAUGCACACAUGCCCUCCACAGACAGGGCAACACUUCAGGCAGCCCAGACCUGUCCAGCACACCCCGCGGCCGGCGCCAGCUCCCCCAGACGCCCUUGCGGCCACGCCCUCACAUCUCCUACUCCCCCCUGGUGUGCCGAGCCCACCUCUCCCCCCCUGCUGCCAGUGAGGGCAGAGCCCGGACCCAGGAGGCGCCCAGAGAGACGGAGGAGCCCUCGUUGAGGGAGGAGGGGGAGAGGCUAGCCCCAGAGUCAGGAGCGGGGGUGGGGGUGGUAAUAGGGGUGGGUGGCCCAGGGUUAGGGGUCAGUCACCUGCACCCCUCACCUCACCGGUACAUCUCGGAGCCGUACCUGACCCUGCGCGAGGCGUUACACAGCCCAGACUCCUCAGGCCUGGAUGAGACUCUGACCUUCGAGGCGGCCAUUGCAACCAGUCUGGGCCGGGCCAACACCAUCAGCUCUGCCCCCCAGCUCAGACACAACUGGCAGGUCCCCAACGGACACUUCCAUAAACGCCUGGGUCAGGCCAGCUCUGUGGUUGCCUGCGAGCUCUUGAGUGACACCGACGAGGAUGACCGCUGUUAGGGCCGGGACUUGGAGAAGAAGAGGAGGAAGAUGGACAGCAAAACUGGGUAUCAGAAAGACAGGGGUCCUCAAUUUGAAGCACACUGUCAGGUUGUGUACUGAGUGUGCAUCUGUACGUGUGUGUAUCUGCACUCUUAGAAAAAAGGGUUCCAAAAGAGUUCUUCAGCUGGCUCCCGAGUGGCGCAGCAGCCUAAGGCAUUGCAUCUCAGUGCUAGAGGCGUCACUACAGACCCUUGUUUGAUCUUGGUUUGUUCCCGGGCUGUAUCACAACCGGCUGUGAUCGGGAGGCCCAUAGGGCGGCGCACAAUUGGCCCAGCGCCGUCCCGGGUUAGCGGAGGAUUUGGCCGGGGUAAGCUGUCAUUGUAAAUAAGAAUUUGUUCUUAACUGACUUGAUUAGUUAAAUAAAAGUUCAAUAGGAGAACCCUUUUUAGUUCCAGGGGGAACCCUUUUGAGUUCCAGGUAGAAUCCUUUUGGGUUCCAUGUAAAACCCUCUGUGGAAAGGGUUCUACAUGGAAACCAAAAGCAUUCUACCUGGAACCAAAAAGGCUUCUUUAAAGGUUCUAGGUAGCACCUUCUUUUCUAAGAGUGUGUGUUUGUAGGAGUGCAAUAUGUUUGUCAAAUCAACAAGACAAGGAAGAUAUGGGGACUGCUUGCGUACAGUGCAAACGUUCACCAGUUGCAUUUUGAUUAAUAACAAAGUUGAAUAACUCAAGAUGUAAAGAAUGUUUCCUCACUUCUUAGACCUAUGAAACAGAGUAAGUAUGUGUUAAGUACAGUGUGUAGCAGAAAAAUAGUGUGGCACUGAAGUAUCAGGAAUGUAUUGAAAUUGUGUUCUUUUCCUCCUGUAAGAUAAGAAGGAAGUUCUCAGUUAUUAGAUCUUUGUGGAUCAUGACACAGUGGUAGGUUUGUAUGGAUCUGAAGCAGACAUUGGUUGUCACAGACACUGCUUUAAAACAACUCUCUUCUCUCAUCUCACACUACAUCAAUGGGGUAUUUCUCAGGCAGUGACGUCUACUGAAUGGUUCCGUGUCAGUCAGCCAAUGGGGAAGAAGGUGUCACAACAGAAAUGACCGUAUGCACCAGUUAACUCACCGAUCAUGAGCUCUCACCUGAGAACAAAAAAGGUUGUUGAACACAGUGAGAGGAAAGGCCUUUCCAUUUGUUGUAAUGUUCUCUCCAGUAGAUAUGACGAUCUACUUCAAGACGAGACAAGGACCAGACCUUAACCUGAUAGAUACUGUACAUUUCCAGAGCUCUGGUGCUUUGAUCACUAUAAAGUCAGGUGUUCCAGCGUCAUUCCAUGUCAAUGCUCUAGUUGUCAUUUUCAGCCUAAAUAUGUUGGGUUCUUGUGUGCCCUUCAGUGUGUCUCUGGACAGAGGACCCUCUUCCCUGCUUUUGUCUGUCACUGUCACCUCACUGGAUUACGCAUGAUGUCCACUGUAAGGCCCUGGAUGAGGUCCAGCCCUGAACUACAGACCCUCACUGGACAGCAGCAAAACUGGCCUCUCCUACAGAACAAUAUGGAAACAACAGACAUAGCAUGUCCAUGUGCUGGAUACUACUGAAAAAUAUAGUCUACAAAGCCAUUUUCCUGUAAAUAGAAUCAAGUGUCUUGAGGAUGUGUUGCCUUUUAUGUCAUAAUGAAUACUAUCUGUCCUUUGAUGCAAAUUAUUUCAAUAUGGAUGUGUUUAUGGAUGAUUCCUAACUAUGAUUUAUUUGUAAGUUAACUCCCAUGUUACUCUGAACACUGACUGAGUCAGUUUUUGCCAACAGGUUUUACAAUGCUGUAUAAAAAGAGAGUUUACCCUGAUACAGCUCUUUGUUGUAGCAACAUGAUCGUGAUGGUGAUGGUGAUAGUGAUGAUGAUGAUGAUGAUGAUGAUGAUGAUGGUUAUGGUGAUAGUGAUGAUGAUGAUGAUCGUUAUGGUGAUAGUGAUGAUGAUGAUGGUGAUGAUGAUGGUUAUGGUGAUAGUGAUGAUGAUGAUGAUCGUU